UGUGGGGGCCUUUCCCCCUUCACCUCCUGUCCGGGAGGAGGAGGGGGCGGCCGGGAGAAAGGCUGGAUGUGGAGGCUGAAGCCUCAGCCUCUGUCUGCGGUUCCGCGGCUUUGAUGCUGCGGGUCUCUGCUGGCUGCUAACAUCUUCCCUCUGUUUUUGUUUUUUCUUUUUUUUUUUCUUCCUUCCUUAUUUUUUUUUCCCCCUCCACCUUCCUCCCCAAAACUUGGCUUCGCCUUCUUCGGAUCUGUGUGUUCGGCUCCUUCUGGGCUUUACCGGUGGGGUAGGAUCAUGCCGGACCAGAUCACCGUGUCGGAGUUCAUCGCCGAGACUACAGAGGAUUACAACUCCCCGACCACCUCCAGCUUCACCACCCGGUUGCAGAACUGCAGAAAUACGGUCACGCUGCUGGAAGAGGCAUUGGAUCAAGACAGAACUGCUCUACAGAAGGUGAAAAAAUCUGUGAAAGCAAUAUAUAAUUCGGGGCAAGAUCAUGUCCAAAAUGAAGAAAACUAUGCACAAGUCCUAGAUAAAUUUGGAAGUAAUUUUUUAAGUCGGGAUAAUCCAGAUCUUGGCACAGCUUUUGUAAAGUUUUCCACACUUACUAAAGAAUUAUCAACGCUGCUGAAGAACCUGCUCCAAGGUUUAAGCCACAAUGUUAUUUUCACUUUGGAUUCUCUCUUAAAAGGAGACCUGAAAGGUGUUAAAGGGAUAAAGCAGACACAAGAUGAAGAAAAGAAACAACUUACUGCCCUUCGUGAUUUGAUAAAAUCUUCUCUGCAGCUUGAUCAGAAGGAGGAUUCACAGAGCAGGCAAGGAGGAUAUAGUAUGCAUCAGCUGCAGGGGAAUAAGGAAUAUGGUAGUGAGAAGAAAGGCUAUCUUUUAAAGAAGAGUGAUGGGUUAAGAAAAGUAUGGCAAAGAAGAAAGUGCACUGUUAAAAAUGGGAUUCUUACCAUAUCACAUGCAACGUCCAACAGGCAACCAGCUAAACUGAAUUUAUUGACCUGCCAGGUGAAGCCAAACGCUGAAGAUAAGAAGUCUUUUGAUCUAAUAUCACAUAACAGAACAUACCACUUUCAAGCAGAAGAUGAACAGGAAUACGUAGCAUGGAUAUCAGUAUUGACUAACAGCAAAGAAGAAGCAUUAAAUAUGGCAUUCCGUGGAGAGCAGAGCACAGGGGAGAACAGUUUAGAGGAUCUGACAAAAGCCAUUAUUGAUGACAUACAGAGAUUACCCGGAAAUGAAGUCUGUUGUGAUUGUGGCUCACCAGAUCCAACAUGGCUAUCAACUAAUUUGGGCAUUUUAACCUGCAUUGAGUGUUCUGGAAUACACAGAGAAAUGGGUGUCCAUAUUUCUCGAAUCCAGUCUUUGGAAUUAGACAAAUUAGGAACGUCUGAACUCUUGCUGGCCAAGAAUGUAGGAAAUACUAGUUUUAAUGAUAUUAUGGAAGGGAAUUUACCCAGUCCUUCACCUAAACCCACUCCAUCAAGUGAUAUGACUGCACGUAAAGAAUUUAUCACUGCUAAAUAUGUAGAUCAUAAGUUCUCCAGGAAGACUUGUGCAUCUGCAGCAGCUAAACUGAGUGAAUUACUUGAGGCUGUCAAAUCCAGGGAUUUACUUGCACUAAUUCAAGUCUAUGCAGAGGGGGUAGAGCUAAUGGAGCCACUGUUAGAGCCUGGACAGGAGCCAGGUGAAACAGCACUUCAUUUAGCAGUCCGGACUGCUGACCAAACCUCUCUCCAUCUGGUUGACUUCCUUGUACAAAACUGUGGAAACCUGGAUAAGCAGACAGCGCUGGGCAAUACAGUUCUACACUACUGCAGUAUGUAUAAUAAGCCUGAGUGUUUGAAAUUGCUUUUGAGGGGGAAGCCAACUAUCGAUGUAGUCAACCAAGCUGGAGAGACUGCUCUGGACACGGCAAAAAGAGUGAAGGCUGUCCAGUGUGAGGAACUGCUUUCUCAAGCCAAGGCAGGAAAGUUAAACCCACACGUCCACGUAGAGUACGAAUGGAAUCUUCGGCAGGAAGAGAUCGAUGAAAGUGAUGAUGACUUAGAUGAUAAACCUAGCCCCAUAAAAAAAGAAAGAUCUCCAAGACCCCAAAGUUUCUGUCACUCUUCGAGCAUUUCUCCUCAAGAGAAAAUGACUCAUCCUGCAUUUAGCACUCCCAGAGACAAGCAAAGACUCUCCUAUGGAGCUUUUACCAAUCAGAUCUUCGCUUCUACAAGCACAGAUUCACCCACCUCUCCAACUGCCGACGCUCCUCCUCUUCCUCCUAGAAAUGCAGGCAAAGGCCCACCUUCAACCCUCCCUCUAAGCACUCAAACCUCUAGUGGCAGCUCCACUCUUUCCAAGAAGAGACCACCUCCCCCACCCCCAGGACACAAAAGAACCCUCUCUGACCCACCAAGCCCACUACCUCAUGGACCCCAGAAUAAGGGCCCAAUUCCUUGGGGUAAUGAUUUGGGCCCACCUUCAACUAAGGCUGCAAACAAGUUUGAGGGGAUGUCUCAGCAGUCAAGCACUGGGACUGCAAAGACUGCACUUGGCCCUAGAGUUCUUCCCAAACUACCUCAAAAAGUGGCACUAAGAAAAAUAGAAACCAGUCAUCAUCUUUCAAUAGAUAAAUCCCAUCAGCACGCGGAAAUGUUUCAGAAGCCCUCGCUGUCCAUCGAUAUACCACAGAAACCACAGCCUGGAGACUUGCCCCCAAAGCCUCUGCCUCUGGAAUUAACUCAGAAACCUCAAGUGGUAGAUUUACCCCCAAAGCCUGGAGAACUACCCCCAAAGCCUCAGCUCGGAGACUUGCCACCAAAACCGCAACUUGGAGACUUACCUCCAAAGCCGCAAAUGAAGGACCUUCCUCCAAAACCUCAGCUGGGAGAGCUGUUGGCUAAAACCCAGGGUGGAGAAGCAUCACCGAAGCCUCAGCCCUCAGAGGCAAAUCAGAAGUCUCACUCCAUAGAUCUUUCUCCAAACGUACAAUCUAGAGACACCGUCCAAAGGCAAGCAUCUGAAGAGUCUAAUGACAUAACACACGCCCUGCCAGAAACCCCUGUGCCACUGCCCAGGAAAAUUAAUAUGGGGAAAAACAAAGUUAGGCGAGUGAAGACCAUUUAUGACUGUCAGGCAGAUAAUGAUGAUGAGCUCACAUUUGUUGAAGGAGAAGUAAUUAUUGUAACCGGUGAAGAGGACCAAGAGUGGUGGAUUGGCCACAUCGAAGGACAGCCAGAGAGGAAAGGGGUCUUCCCAGUGUCCUUUGUGCACAUUCUGUCAGACUAGUAAAAACAAACAAAUCUCAUCCUAAACUUGAGCAUUGCACAUUCUUCAUGCAAGACGGGCUUUUUAGCAAAAGCGAACGCUGCUGCCUCCCUGUAAUCCUGUGCACAAUUGUAUAUAUAGCUGCUGUUACAAAUUAAGAAUUCAUUUAAGUUUUCACCUCAUGAGGUUGAAUUAUAUGUAUUGUAAAUAUACUGUGUUAUUCUGCCUUUGCCAGUAUUAUGGUAGCCUUGGAACCUGGCACGCCUUAUUGGGUUUGUUGAAGCCAUCCUCGGCAUCUAGCACUUACAUCUCUGUCUAGGAACUGCCAGCUUUCCAAACAUAGGUGGUUUCUGUCAACCAUGUAACUGUACAGAAAUGACUGUUCCUAAUAACUCGGUAUUCUCAAUAUACAAUUAGCAGAAAGUUAGAAUGAGUGAAUGGUUUUGGAGACUUUAAAAACCAGUCUGCAGUUUCUAAGUGUAUGCAGUUUACAGCUAUGAAACCCACUUCGGUAUUUAUUUAAUAUAGUGCUCAGUUCAGUGUAAUUAUGAAGACAAAUAUUCACUGACUUUACAGAUAACAGUAAUGUUUUACUGCGUGCACACAGCAUUUCAUGUUUCUAUGACGUGGACCUAUGCCAAACUGUGAUUGCAGUUCCCCUGUGAUAUUACCUCACUAUCAAAAGUUACCAAUUUCUUUCAUUCGAAAACUUCUUUUAAUGAAAAUGAGUCCUCUUGUUCUUUAGUAGAUAUAUGUGAAAUUUGCUGGUUUCUUUCACUGAAUUCGUAGUAACCAAGGACUUCUAGACAAUGUUAACUGUUGACAUUAUGCAUGCAUUUAGACGCUUACUUGAAACCUGCCUUUGUACAAAAGUAGUACUGUAGUCAUAUAGCUACAUUUGAGGAAAAGAACAUUUUAACUUAAUUGCUAUUCAGAUCAAUGUGAGCUUGCAACAGUAUUUGUUUAUAGCUGAAUUGGCUCUUUGAAAAAUGAGUUUGUGGGGUUUUAUUUUCCUCUUGUCUUCAACCUUACUAAAAGUUAGUGACCUAAAAUAAAACUUAUGUGGUGAUAGAGGGAUAAAUUUAAAUCGUUUUUAAGCACUCUAAAAAGUGGAAGUUAAGGUGACCUUUCAUGCAUUUGAUCAGGCUGUUGAUAACAGAACUCAGAUCAGGCUGGUUUUAGUAGUGUUCACUGAACUGGAAUAGUCUUGAUUCAAAGCACCAAGUAACGAACCAUUCUAAAGCUAAUUUCUAAGUGAAUCUUUGGAAGGCUGCUUUGGACCUGAGGUUUCUUGGAAGCUGGGAUGAAGCUGCAUUGCCAGAAAACACGUACAUGUAUUACUGGAAACUUCUUAUUUCCUAUGUCACUUUCAACACCAUUUUUUACCUUUUGAAGCAUACUACAGUUGUGUUUUUCCCAUGGUUUGUCUGUAGCAGGUUCCAUGACUUUCAUACCUAGUGUUGUGUUACUUGCUUUACACGUUACUUUGGCUUCAGUACCUGGUGCUGCUGUUUCAAAGCAGAUUGUCUUGGCUGCAUGGAAGGAUUUUCAUUUCAUCAAAGCACACCUCAGACCCUCUGAGGGCUUCCAUUUUUAAGUCACUUUUACAAGACUGUAGUCAGUGAAUAUUUAAUUCUGUUCAUGGUUAAUAUAGAAACAAGUAUCAGUCCAAACCCCACAUGGAAGGAAACACAAAGCAUUUAUCAGUGGUCUUAUCAUUUAUAACAAAAGUUUAUGACAAGUAAUAAUAAUCACGCCAUGAGUGAGGAGCCUGCUGGCAUCUAAUCUUCAGUAUUACCAGCUCCAGUAUUUCAGACUUUAGUCUAUUUUCUAUGGAAAGGAAGUCAGGUUUAGCAUUUAUUUAGCAUUCCAUUUUAUCCAUUACUCCAAUGUUUUAAGUUGCAUUAAAGAACAAAACCUAUUCACUUUUGUGGUCAAUUGUAUUUUUAAGUGAUCUUGAAAUAAACUGAUAAAAGCAAAUCAUAUAACGAGAACCUAGGCAUGUAAAAUUAUGUAGAGUCAAAUGUCUAUUCUUUUCUACGCUCUUUAAAAUAGUAUACAUAUGCAUUUUAUAAAAUGAAAUGAGUUCCAUCGGGAACAAUAGUUCUGUUUAUUCUGGCUUCUUGUGGGUCAUAAGAAAUCUGAAAAUGUAUGAUAUUGAUUGAGUUUAAGUACAGUAUUAUAUUUGAACUCAAUGAGCCACUGUCUGCAAUUUUGUAUAUGACAUAGUAUUUGGAAAGUCUAAAUCUUUAUGGAAAAUUAGCUGAUAAAGGGUUGGGGGGAGGGCCAGGGGAAGGUGCCCCCAGAGGGGGAAGUUUGCUCUGCAGAUGAUGUCUUAUUUACUGUUGAACAACAGUUGCUAUUUAUUUUUUUAUUACAUAGUACAUCAACGUGUACAGAAAUCAGAUCUGGUCAUGCCACUAGUUAAAAUCUUGACUUCUCAUUGAAUGUUAAGGUAAAACAUCAGUACACAUGUCUAUUCACAUGUAUUUAAUGUGACAGUUUUUGAGUACUGUAUGUGUUAAUUUCUACUUUUUUAAUAUUUAAAAUUGCUUUUAAAUAAAUGUAUUCAGUUGAUCCCAGAUAUCUGCACAAGGCCCUUUUGUCAACUGGAAUGUCUUCUAGGGAGCAAGUCUGGAUUCCAAACAGGUAGAACUAAAACACUUGAAAUGUUUUCUCUUGACUAUAAAGCACCCCUUAUAUAAUGCAAUUAAAUGUGUAUCUCUUUAACAGCUGUUAAAUAUGGAUGCAAUUGCCUUUAUCUGGAAAACUUUACUUACUAAAGUUAGCAUCAAAACA